AUGAUGCGACCUGUUUUGAGACCGUCCAUACUGCGACAACAGCGAUUUCGGUCUGGCCAAAAGAGAUAUUUGCAGGCAGAAGCAUCUCCAAUAGUGGUAGACCAUCAUCCAGCACCACAUUCAGGCAAUAUCCGAGUGCUACUACUGGAUCGACCAGCUCAAAGAAAUGCCUUGUCCAGAAGACUAGUGUCCGAUCUCAAGCGGCAUAUUCAGCACAUCAAGGACGAAGGCGGAGUAGGAGGCACUCGGGCAUUGAUCGUUGCUUCUGGCAACGAUGCUGCCUUUUGUGCUGGGGCAGAUUUGAAGGAGCGCAAGGGCAUGACUCAGGAUGAAACAAAAGCGUUCCUUGCCGACCUCCGAUCCACCUUCACCGAGCUUGCGAAUCUACCAAUACCUACCAUCACCGCCAUUUCGUCGACCGCUUUGGGAGGAGGACUGGAGUUUGGCUUGUGCACAACAUUUCGAGUCUUCGGCUCCUCCGCUAUCGUUGGGCUUCCAGAAACAAGACUAGCAAUCAUACCAGGCGCAGGCGGGACAUACCGACUGCCUGCUCUCAUCGGUGCCAACCGGGCACGAGAUCUGAUCUUGACGGGGAGACGGGUUAGUGGGGCGGAAGCAUACUUUCUGGGACUAUGCGACAGAUUGGUGGAAAUCUUGCCAGAAGAAGUAAAGGCCGAGGGCGUUGCUCGACAAAAGGUACUCAACGUGAGCAUUCAGCUGGCCAAGGACAUCUGCGAAGGCGGUCCGGUCGCGCUAAGAGAGGCCAUGAAGGCUGUGAACGGUUGGCAAAGAGGAGAAGCUGCCGAGAAUGAGGCGUACAACAACAUUUUGCAGACUGAAGAUCGUGUCGAAGCACUAAAAGCCUUUGCUGAGAAGAGGAAGCCAGUCUUUAAAGGAAGAUAA